UGCGCUGACAGCCUGACGAGUAGCCACACGAAUGGCCUGUGCCAACGCGCGUCGCUGUCGUUAUCCCCUCGGUACCGUCGGUAUAUCUGUCCUCUCAGGAGGAGAGCGCGUCCAUUGUGGGUUCGCUUCCAACGGACCCAGAGAGAUUUUACGAGGAGCGCGACAUCGACGAGCGGCAGUACAAGCAGUACCACAACUCGCAGCAGUGCACACAGGAACAGUGGCCUGUGAGCCAGCAGUCGGCGGCACAGCGAGAAGACGUCGAAAUGGAUAUCGACGGCGUAGAAAGGAGCCGACAAGCAGAUGAGCACGACAUGUUUACCAAUCCAAACCCGUUAUACUACGGCUUUCCAGACAACACACUGGCGGAAGAUGUGUAUCCGCGGGGCAUUCCUCUGCCAGACCCCACUCCCAGAGCGGGCGACGGCAAGAAGCAAUCGAUAAUCCCUGUCCCACAUCCUGUGACACCAUACACUCGUGCGUCCGCCGAAAGUUUUCUGCGUAGUCCGUAUGGCCGCUGCGCGUGGGUUAUACCCAUACGCGGGUGCCUAGGCUUCGGCUGUUCCCCUGCAAGCAUGCUUGUACAGCCAGAUCUGCGCUUCGCGGUGACACCAUGCCCUAUGUUCCCCCCUUCAGACUCCUGCACGCCGCCUGAACCAGACAGCGAGCGCGAGAGCUGGACGGAGCGGUUCGGAGUAGAGAAGCUCCGCGCGGCACUGCAUGCGCUUCCCCAGCUGCUCGCCUCCAGCCCCGCGACGACAGGCAGCUUCCAGGACGCGCCGGGCGAGGUAGUCUGGACUGUCGAUGCGCUGCGCGGCUUCUGGGAGUUUUUGCUCCUGCUCAGGCGCGCGUCGCGUGUCGGGCUCGUUGGCGUGCAUUUUGUCGAGGCACGUACCAGUCCUGGCGCGUCUGAGGAGGACGAGGAUGUGCGGAUGACAAGAGGCACACUGCGGAGCGUGGACCACAUCCUGCUCGAGCUCGACGCGCGGUACGCGAUGACGGUGCGCUACCUGUUGCAUGUAUGGCGCUACGAGUGUACAAUGUCCGCAGACAUUGUAGCGCUUCGGUGUAUUCACGAGCGUCCCACGGGCUUGGAUGGAGGCAAGGAAAAGGGUGAGAAGGGGAAAGAAGACGUGAAGGGAAAGGGAAAGGAAAGGGAGAAUGCGCCUGACGUUGAGAUGGACGAUGACACGCCUGAGGGACGCGGCACGAAGCGCAAACGCGCGGAUUCACUCAUCGAAGAACCUGCGCCCAGGUCGUUCACAGGUCAAGGAAGGAUGGUAAUGAGGAAGGCAAGGACCAUGGAUGAGAAAGACGCGGAGAAGAACUUGGAAAGGGCCGUUACGCCUCUACGAGAUGUGGCGAAGCAGCCGCAGUUAAGGAAGGAGACACGCCAGGAACGUAUGAAGCGCAAGAACCGCUCAAGCCGGCGGAUGUUCCACGGUGCGCGGCUGCUGUUACUGGACGAGCACGGGAGGGCGGCCUUGACUUGUUAGCUUGUCUCUGGUGGUACACGUGUUGGAGUACGUCCCAGCAAGAGCAAAGGCGCGAGAGUCAGGUCUUUACAUAUUACAUGUUAUAUACGCGAAAUCACUAGCACUGUGGGAGCUCUCUGAGCGUCCCAUCAGCUACUGAGUAGAUUGGUCACGAGUCUAAUCGGUAGUCACUGAGAGUGAAAA